CUUAAUAAUUGCUAAAGUCUGUCUGAACAACUCUGGGUCAUAUGACAGAAAAAUAGAAUUUAUUUAAAAUGGAAAAAUCAAUUUUAAUCGUUCUCACCGUGAUUUCUAUAGUAAGCUGCAAUGAUUUUACCAUCCUUAGCUCGCCUAAAUCUAUAGUUUUCAAAGGCUCAUCAGACCUGCCAUCAAGUGCAAUUUCGGAAGUUUUUGCUGCAAGUCUUGGAUAUUCUGUGUACUCAACUGAACCAUGGGAUGGCUUAUCAGUAUUAGAUCCAUUCCAUACUGCCAAAUCUGUCGUCUCAUUCGUCGUUGAAGAUGCAAAUAAUUUGAAAUUUGAUAACUCAAAGUCAUUCGAAAUUACUGGCAAUGACUUUUUCUUCGAAGAUGCAAUUACCACAAAAGUCUUGGAUCACAGUCAUUUAGCUAUCAACAUUAAUUUGAUUGACCAAGAAGGUGACAUCGAAACAUCAAUUGGCGAAAUCGAACAAUCACCAAUAAGCGAGAAGAACCAAAUUUUGAGCUCAAAGGAUAAGGCUGAUAAGGAGUUUUUGAGCCAAAUUUCAUAUCUUCAACGAAUGAGCGAUGUUCUUGCCAACAUGAAGACAAAGCCAGCAUUCAUUAGUAUCCAUUUGUCAAUGAAAUCACUCUCAAAGAAGACAUCAGAAUCUGAGGCUAACAAGUUGUUGACUGCAACACUCAAGAAAUUAAAUGAUGUCAUCCAAAAGACAUACGAUAAUGAAGCUUUAGUCGCUGUCAUUACAAUUCCAUCAUAUCCACAUCACUCGAGAGCAAAGCGCGCAGCUGAAGAUGAUGAUAUUGCUGUAAAAUACAAUCUUGCUGAUCUCGCAUCAGCCAACUAUCCAGUUGUUUUCAACAUUAUCCUCUGGUUCUCACUUGUUAUGGUCUUUGCACUUAUUGCAAUUUCACUUGCAUUAGGUAAUGUUGAAGAUAAGGACUCAAUUAUCUACCGUAUGACUGGUGCUCGUGGAAAGAAGGAUAAUUAAAGCACUAUUUAGAGAUCAUAGUAAAUUAUAGAGUGAGAACAAUUAAAAAGAGAAGAAGAUUUUGAGCAGGGAUGGAAGUAGGAAGGAAUUAUUACAAAUUUGAAUGCUCGUUCCAAGUAUUCCAAAGUUAAAAAAAUCACUAUCAUUCGUCGUGUUACUUAUUAUACUAUUCGCUAGUUAUCAUGGUUCAUCUUAAAUACAGAAAAAUAUUUUUCCGCGUAAUUAUUUUAAAAAUAAUCAUUUUAGUCUACGAUAUAUACAAAAUAACUGUGUUUUAAAUGUGAUUGAAUCAGAAAAAGGCACACAAGAUAAACUUAUUGUUUAAAAUCAUUUCGUUUGUUACAAUUCCAUAAAUGAUAUACAUAAUGUAUGCAGUCAUCGAAAAUAACUAAAUUAUAUAAAAGGAAAUUUUUUUGUGUAGAUAAAUAAUGUAAAUUUUAUUAAGAAUGUGAUGACUUUAGAUCAGCGAUGAACUUAGUUGUCACAUUUUUAUUAAGACUAUUCAAGUUUAAUGAAUAAACUAUAA